AUGGGAGACAGAGGCAGAGGAUUCCCAACGAACUGUCCCUGUGGAGCACGCGUUUCCCGGCGCACAUCCAAAACCAUUACCAACCUGGGCCGCCUAUUUCACAGUUGUCCCUAUGGCAAUGAGAACAGUCCUCACCAUCUCUUCAAAUGGACAUAUCUGUCUAUGGUUAAGGAAAAUGAGGACAUAAAAAUCAAUCUUGAUGGUCUUCAAAGGGCUUCACUUGACACGAUAAAGGGUUUACAAGUGUGUCAAUCUCAGAUUGAAACUCUAGCAAUAGAAAACAUACUUGCUGCAGUAUCGUUAGCGCUCUCAAAAACGAGAUCACAGGAUUAG